ACUACAAAUUUGCCACAUAAAUUAAAAAAAGGAAAAUAAAUGUUAAAAGUGGAAAACAUAAAAAAAAAAAGAAACAAACAUUUUGUCGGUCUCUCUCCCACGACGCCAUUGACAGAGGUGAAGCAAUUUCCAAUCAAGACUAUCUCCGAUCAAGACUUUCCCAUCAUCUCGUAUCCCCUCCGACAACAUCUAUUCCGUCACAGCCGCCGUUGACAGCUCCUCCGUCACAGCCGCCGUCGACAGCUCCUCCGCAAGUCGCCAUCGUUUUUCUGUAAACCCUAAAUCCCAAUUUCAACUGUAUGGCUUCUGCGAGAAAGUAUCCUCAUCGUCUGUAUGAGGUUGGAAAAACUCCAAUUCAGAAUAGGAGCAUGAACCAUAGUUGUUAUCUGUCCAACAUUCAAGAAGUGAGAGAAAAACUUGGGGAAGAUGUUUGGUCUGAAUUGAGGGAAUCACCUAUUGGUGUUAUUGUGAAGCUGAAAGAGCUAAAUUAUAUUUGGUCUGCUAAAGUUGUUCACCAGUUCCUUGCCAAUCAAUUGGCAAUCGAGAGUAGUCAUGAGCUUUGGUCUUUGAUAGACUGUAUGCCAUUGAGGUUCUCUUUGCAUGAGUUUGGCGAUAUUACAGGUCUAAAUUGUGAUCCUUUCGACAAGGAUGAUGUUUGGGACGUGGAUCAUCAAGAGUUUUGGCUGGAUAUGAAAGUUCCGACAUCAGAUGGACCUACAUUGCAAGAGUUACAAGCCUUAUUCCCUAUUUGCGGAAACUGGCCUCGAGAGAAGCGAGUGAUGUUUGCGGAAACUGGCCUCAAGAGUUACAAGCCUUAUUCCCUUUUACCCAACAUUUUAUAAACCACAGCGUAGGCGUAGAUUUAUCCACAUCAAAAUCAAAAUUGUGGACAACUGAAUAAAUCUUCAAACGUGUCUGCAGUGCAUUUUUGGAAUCAAAACUCUGCCCCACGUCAAUUUUGAAAGAGCUCAAGUCGAACCUAUUAUGCGUACAAUCUCCUUUUUGUGUCUUCAGGACUGUGGCAUUACUCAUCUUUGUAGGAGAUCUCUGAACAUCUUCUACUUGGUCUGGCGGAAACCCAUAUGACGUAAAGUUUUCGUCUUCAGACGUUGCUCCAUCAGAAUCGUCGCAGUAAUCAAAUCGAUCAUUGUCUUCAUCCGUAUCUUCAUCGUCUGUAGAUGAUGGGUUAUCUUUUUGCAGGACUUCUUCUGGUUCUUCUUUGGCUUCUUCAACCUCGUUUUUCUUCAAUUUAAACUCUACGCAGAGUCUAACGUUUUCGACUUUGUGAAGACACAAAAAUCCAUGAAACUGCCUAUUGUUUCUUACUUUCACAGGAGGGGUAUCGAGGUUUUCCUUCACCAGAUUACGUUUCGGCAAAAGGUACGCUAGCUCCAGCUCAUGUUCUGUGAAAUCGACUCCGUAAUCCUCAUAUAUGUUUUUCACAAAAUCUUCAUACCUAGUUUCCUCGUUGGCUGGAAGUAAUUUACUACCUUGAUCAUUAUCCACUUUAAAGAACCACUUUUUUCUUUCAAAUUUCCAUUUUCCGCAGACUAGAAUGAUGUGAUCCAUGUUUCUCCAAGCAAUAAGGAUUGCAACAAGUGAUUAAACAACCAUGAAAAAGACAACUUCAAAAAGAAGAAAAGAGAGAUGAAAGAGAUGACGACAACUGCAAGUUUUACCUAAUUAUGAGUUUAAUUAACCUAAAAUUAAACCAAAUUCGUAAUUAAUGUAAACCGGGUCGAAAUUGGGAUUGGUUUACAUAAAUCCUGAUUUCUGUAAAUAAAUCUGCCACUACGUAAAAUUAAAAGUCUGUCACUUCAUAAAUAAAAAGUCUGCCAGCUAUUUUAAGUCGGUCAAAUAAAUCUGCCAUAAGAAAAUAAGUCGAUCGUAAAAAAUAAAUCUGUCUAUAAGUAAAUAAGUUGACCACAUAAAUCUACCGUUUAAAACAAAUCUACUAUAUCAUUCGACAGAUAUAUGCUGAAAAAUCUGUUUUAUAAUCAAAUCGGACAAUUAAGUCUGCCGUAUAAACAAAUCUGACUUUUCUAAAAAAGUCUGCCAUCACUGUAACGGUAGAUUUAAUUUUCUACACAGAUUUUUUAGUCAGAUUUAUUAUUCGAUAGAUUUUUUUUUUUAAAAUAAGUCUGUCGUCGAAAAUAAUUUAGCAUUGUUUUUUUUUGUUAUAACUGUCUGUAAGGACAAUUUUGACCAGAAAAAAUAUUCUAAUAAUUUUCAAAAAAUAUGAGUCAUUCUAGUAAUAAUACAAUCAAUUUGUGUCAUUCUAGUAAACCUCCCAAAUUUAAAUGAAAUAAAUUUUAUAAAAACAUAAAAAUCAUUCUUUGUGAAACAAUUCUUUUUUCAAAAUAUUUAUGUUUGUGGAACGAAGAUAGUAUGUUCUACCUUAAGAGAAGAAGAGACUGUCUGAAACGCAGAAGGCUCUUCCCUGGAUCAUUAGCCAGCAUAUGAUGAACAACAGCCAGAGAUCCAAUAUCAUCAUUAGAAGACCAACGAUCAUAGAGCUGCCUGCAUCCAGCAAUCAGCCUGGUUCCAUCGCUGGACCAGCGGCUGGAGGAGCUCCACCAUAUGAUCACCAUGAAUUUUCUUGUUAAACAUCAAGAAGUUCGGUUCCAAUGUAAUAAGCGCUCUAAUAUCUUUCAAAGCACCUUCAUAGUUCUUCAUAGCUAUAGAAAUCCACGCCCGCAUCUCUAAACAGUCAGGAGAGACUUUAAACCUCAGAAUCUUGUUCAGUUCCGCGACCGCAGCACCAAACUGACUCUCCUCGACCAAUGACACUGCCCUGAACUUGUAAGGGAAAGUCAAAGUAGGGUCCAAAUCCAUGGCGAUGUCUAUAUCAAGCAUCUUCUCAUCACAGCUGCGGUACAAAGACCUCUCCUGGUGCAUCCAUCCAGUAGCAGCAGAGCAAACCGAAAUCAACGAGUUCAUGGUCUUAUAAGCCGAGCAUCGAUGUCCACGCUUAAACUUAGACCUGGCUACACCAACAAGGGAGUAAACAUGACCUGCUUUGACAGCUGAGUUAAACCAUCUCUGAGAAUCUUUGUAUUCUUUCCUCUCAAGCAUCACAACACCUAACUGGUGACAAGCGAGCUGUUUAUAUAGCGAGCUCGGCAACUCUCUGAGAAAAACCUGAGGGUACGCAGCCUCCUUUAAACCAUACUCAAUCAACAACACUGCGUCAUCGAUAUUACUAACGAGACGACCCAAAGACAUGUCACAAGCUGCUUUCAACUCGUCGCAACAGAACUGGUUCGCCAAUGUGAGUAGCUCCAAGACAACAUUAGGAGGAAACAACUCAAUUUUUCGAACCCUACUGAAAACCUCAGCAGCUCUCAUCCCUUCCAUAGAGAUUGCGUACUGCGUGAAGCUGAUCGUGCUUUGCUUUGUCUCUCUAAAGCCACCGUAUAGCAUCGCCUUAAAGGGUCUUGAUAUAGACGCUAACUUGCGCCCCACGCUAGGAAUUUCCUCAUCGCCUAUACAGAAGGACAUGUCGUAAUCUACCUCUGAUGUCGAACACUCUUCAACAUGAACAUCACCAUUGUACCCGGAACAGACACAUGGAUCGUAAACGGACUCCAGGUCGUACCCAGAAACAAGACUCGCUUUAGGGCAUUCAAGGUUUCUUCCGCAGCAAUCCAUUGAUGUUGUCCCGAUCAGCUCAUCUUCUCUCCUCUCCUAACGUAGCCAAGAAGCUGGAAAGAGAAAUUUUCUUAGAUUGCUUUUUUUAGUUUAUUUUCAAAAAAAUAGUUUUCAAAGAGGAAAAUGACCAAAAAAUGUCUUAUUGAAGGAUAAAAUAUGUAUUUAUACCGUAAAGAUUAACUAAUCUAGACUUAGGGUUUAAAGUUAAGUGAUAGGUUUUGGGAUGAUGUUUCAUAUUUCAAAAAAAUAUAUAUAUUAAAAUUUUCAAAAUAAAAAGAGACUAUUUUAGUCAUUUUAUUUUUUAAGGGCUAUUUUGUGAAAUUUUUUAAAAAAGACUAUUUGAAAGAAUUGCUUUUCUGAAAAUGUAUAAUUUAUCCGCUAGCUAAUUAGUACCUUUUGUAGCCAGAUUAUGUUUCUCUAUCAACAUAAUAUUUUAUACUCCUUCAGUUUUGGAUUAAUUGUCGUUGUAGUAAAAUGUUUUGUUUCAAAAUAAGUGUCGUUUUAUGAUUUCAAUGCAGAAUUUAUUUAAUUAGAUUCUUCUAUUAAUUUUUCUAUUGAUUAAAAUAUAUUUAACUAGGGUCGGCCCGCCCUACGGGCGGGGUGAUAAUUUAAAAAUAAUCUAAAUUGUUAGAGUAAUAUUUUUGAUUUUUUUAAAUAUUUGUUUUUAUUUAAAUUUUUGUUCUAUAUUAGUAAUUUAGUAUGAAUCAUUAUUUUAUUAAUUGUUAUUUUUUAUUCAGUGUCAUUCUCAUUACUAUUAACUAAAUUUUUUUUUACGGUUAAUAAAAUUGUUUAUAUAAAGUUUUAUUCUAUUUUUAUUUUGAUGGUGUAGAAUUGUUGAUUUAUUUGUUUAAUUUAAAGUUAUCUAGUUUUACUCAUUCUCUUACAUUAUGCGUGAUUUAAUCAUAUGUAAUCCUUAUUUUCUUUCUUUUAUUAAAAAUCGACAUUAGAGUUGGAAGAAAAACCAUAUCUUCUUAGCUGCAAGCUCUUUCAUUAAGAAAAUAGGUGAAACAGACACAACUAAAAAAUAGAAAGACAUCAUAAAGUUACAAUUCUUCUCAUUGUUUUGAUUCAAUAUAGAUAUACAAAAGAAAAAAAACAACUUUCAUAAUCUGAUUUGUAUAGCGGCCCUUGACUCCCAAUUGAUACUUGAAGUGUAUGUGCCUAUAUAUAAAUGGAAGCUUCUGUUUGGAAAUAAUUGAAGGCACUAAAACAACUUGUUUUGCUUUCUUAAAGUCUCAUUAACCGCUGACCAUAACACAUCUGAAAUUAAAAAAUGAAAACCAAAUUUAUUUAGUUUAUUUCUAGCUGAAACUGUUAUAUUUAAGCAUGUAUACAAAUUUGUAGAAAAACAUAUAUAUAAAUCAUUGACUGGAAAAGGCAUCUGAUUCACUUCUAGAACUAAGAUGGUUCAUUUCCAUUGAGGCCAUCUAACUGAGUGUCAGUCUUGAUCGAGCCAUUGGUUGAGUCAUGCCACACCAACUCCAGCUACUCACACGCAAAAUACAGUAAAUUUUACAAUCACCAAAUUCAAACCACUUAUAACAAACAAAGGUUCAGAGUAACUCAUACACACCUCUUCGACGAUCAUGUUGUCACAUUCUUUAAAACCACAUUCUUCAGUGAUUUGUUCACACCACAAGCAUCAACCACCUGACAAACAAAAUUUGCGUCGACACUGGUUAGUGACAAACGAAUCACAACAGUCUGAGGAAAACGAAAAGGAAACCAAAAAAAGAAUUAAAGUAAAGCAAAAAUACCUUUGACUCAGAUUUUGGACUCGAGCAAACCCCUCCAGAAAUAUCGCUGUGGUUAUACACCACAUCGGAUACAAAGUGUCAAUGCAAAUUUCGGGAACCACAUCAUCAAAGAACACGUGUGAUGAGAGAGACGCCUUCGCUUUCGAAUUCUUGGAAGCUAUUGCUGGUGAAAGUCUGUCUGCGUUGAUAAGAGUAGGGCAUAAAUGAAAACUAUACAGUCCAAAUAAUAAUGACUUGACGAAUGAGAGUAACACAUGGAAAAAAUUAAGUGCACAUAAUAGAUUGUAAACACACUGGCCAUACAUCUGGAGCCCAAAACAGAAGUGAACAGCAGUAAAAUCAACCAAAUAAUGACAAAAAUGAUAACAAAGAGAUGGAAAGAAAAUAUCUGAUUUUUAUUGAUCACACUUACGUUGGCUUACUUCACCAGACAUGUCUAUGACCAUGAUGAUAAUCAUUUGUACUAACUGGCUAAGGAAACUGAGAGAUAAGAGCAAAUACUUCAAGGUGAAACUACCAUGUACUAUCCAUGUUCCAUUGGAGUUGGGCAAUAUGCGAAAUCUGGCUUUAAUCUCUCGGUCAUAAGCUGGAAAGCAGAUAGUGAAAAAAAAAAGAAACGAUUCACAAUCACUAAAAUAUUAUUCAUAUUUUCCUAUUAGACAUUUUACUUGCCCAAUCAACCAUGUAGCAAAGAGAUUGUUUUGUCGGUAUGAAAACAUAAAGAGAAAGUCUGUAAUUUCUAGCAGACGUAACGAUCUCAAAGUCAGAUAUGUAACCACCUAUUGACUGAAGGAGGGAAGCACCAAUCUGCUAAUCUAAGUCCGUCUAACUAACCUGCACAACAGAAGUGCAAAACAAAAACUUUAGGCAACACUCAUCUAUAUCUGAAACCCACAACUGAUCAUGAAGAAAAAGAACCAAUAUAAGCAUGCACCAAGAAACAUAGUACCCUCGUAAGAGCCGAGCUUGAGCUUGCCGUGAUUUUCUGGCUGUAAAGAAAACAUUAGAAAUUGAUCCUAAACUUUAUGCUGAAUGAGUGCUAAGAAAGAUACGAAAAAUACCAGAAUAGAAUUGAGAGACACAAAUCAAACAAUGGAUAUAAAAUGACUACAUACCUCUCUGAGAGUACUGAUUGCUCUUUGUCACAUCAAAUGAACUCAGCUGAUAACUACCUCCCUCUCUGAGUAGGCAUUGGAACAUGUUCAACUCUGUGGACUCUAAUCCAUCACUGGAUCAUUGUAGACUGCAUCCUUUAAUAAAAAAGAAGACAUUAUAAACACCGUUAUCUAUUACAAUAAGAGAAAGUAACAAAAGAUUCAGUGCCUUCUCGAUCUAUAAGAGAAAGAAUAUGCGUUGGAAGCAAAACUCCAAUACUUUUAAGAAUAAACGUUUCCAAAGAGGCAAUUUACCUUCUCAUCUACCAGAACUAUAUCGAUCCCCAUAAACUUUCCACCUUUCUUGGCAUUCCUAGAUUUUCAGAAACAGAGGAGAAGGAGACGUUACGGUGAGCUGUGCUGUUCAUCGCUGGAAGAUGGUGUAUUUAUACUCGUUGCUUCAUAACCUGAUCUCGUGGUGUAAUCUUUUUAUUGUUGGCAAUCUGUUUUGGAUCCCUAGGAGAAUCUACUUUCGCAGCAGAACUACAUAUUUCAUAGAAUGGUUUCUCUACUUCCUGCAGUAUGUGCAGUCUCAGAAGAAUGUAAUGGCGAGGUGAUGCUGUUUAUUUUCUUCGAUGGUGAAAUGUUGGCGGACUGAAGUUUUCCACUCAUUGUAUGAACUCGUGAGGCUCUCAUCAUUAGAUGCUGAGGUGAUUCCAUCUCCAUAGAGAAUUUCACGCUCUAUUGGAAAUAAUAUCAGCUUGUUUCCAGUGUCUGCUCAUACUAUCUGUAGACGUUGUCAGCUGAAUCAUUUUCCUUGACAUCGGUAUUUGUCCCUGGACUCCUGGAGGCCACUUGUCUAGUUGUUAGUAAGUCUGGAAUGAUGUCCACAGAGUCAGACAUAUCAGUUCUUCUUGUAGCAGUGAACUCUUUGGAGUUUGGAAUCUGUGGACUUGGUCGUCGUACUCUCGUUUGCCUUCUUCCGUGGGCUUGAAUGAAGUUCAUAGUCGCCUAACCUGCUUGCAGAAAAGCAUAUUGCUAAGUUACUUCAGAUUAACAUAGAUAGGAUUUCAUUUAAAAAUAAUUAGUGGAUACGUACGCAUCAAAAUCACAAAAGAAGGCAAACAAAUCAUUUUUCUGUUUUAGACUUCCACUAUACCUUUCUUUCGUCUUUGUGGUUUUCCUGACUGGGCUUGAGAAAUCAAAGUCCGAUAUGUCAAUUUUAGAUGACGAUAACUUGCCAAAAACUCCACCCAUGUCGAAACCCAUAUCCCUGAGAAGGAGACAGAGAAACAUAAUUAUGUGAGACAGUGUGCCUUGUUGUCAAACAACACUAUCUUAGAGAAGUAGUCCAUAGUAUUCUUAAAAAAAUCUUAGAAUUAGCAGCCACUUAAUCUUCAUAGUUUGUCGAAAUUUCUGCGAAUUCACAUUAAUCUUCUCAAGAAAUAUCUUUAAUCUUUUUCUGCCGCAACCAAGUUGAAAGGCAAUCAUAUAGGAAGCACACUUGUAAACAAAAUCUGGAUUCACUAAGGUUGGUUUAGAUCAUUGAAACCAGCUCUUAAACACUUAAAACUUACCAAGCAUUAGAUCUUUCUCCUUGGCUUAGCUUCUGUAUAAUUUUUUUUAGCAGGUGCAGACAUGGCAAAAUCUGUUCAGUAUUACUCUUGACAAUUUACUGCAAACAAAAUAAGCUACCAUUAUAAUCAUUCAAUCACUCACUCAUAAAAAUACUUAUCUCUUAUGUUGUGAUCAACAACACACCUGCCACGAUCGCAAUCAUCUAUGUCCCCUACUUCAUCGCUGCCAGCUAGAUUCACCACCAAUAUCACUCCCACCGCGUUCUCUCUUCUCCUUUACCUCACCUUCUUUACAUCCCAGCAAAGCCUUCGUCUCUCAAUUUAAAAUCCUCUCAGAUUCUUCAAGAUCUCAAACAACUGAAUCUUUCAUUUGAUUACUAAUUGAAAAGAAGAGUAAAUGAUGAAUAAGUGGAAAAGUGAUGUUGCCUUUAAUAAACCCACCACAAACGUAGCACAUAAAUACAACCGGAGACUACACUACUCAAAAGCCCAAUGCCGUUACAGAGGCGGUGGUCGGAGGCUUUAGGAGACGAAGAGUGAGGGAGGAGGAGCCGAGUGCAGGUGUGGUCAUAUCAGAUCAAACCCUAAAAGAGGAUGCAUGGGCCAGAUAUGAACUUUUAGAAGAGAGCCCACAAAACAAACGAACAUAAAAGUCCAGAUAAAAGAAAGAUUGCAUUACGUAAAAGAGAUGGACGCGUGGCGUGUUUUCCUUGCCAUAUUUGAUGACAUUGCAAGAGGAGAAGAGAAUAGAGGUCUUCUUUAUAGUAUAAGAUUUCUAUCGGUUAAAAUAUGGUUAGAUGAAUAGAAAAUGAUAUUUUUAUUUCGAAAAUAUAUAAAUUAAAUGUUUUCUUAACAUGUUUGCACUAAUCUAAAAUGACGACAAGUAAAAUGAAACGAAAUGAUUAUUUUGUAUCUAUCAAUAACUAUAGAAAUUGGUAAUAAAUGGUUAGAAAGCAAUAAAUUAACAAAGACCAAAAUUCAAUAAAAGCUAUUUUUAAACCUUUUUAUCCAGAAGAAUACAUAACUUUAAUGUGUUUUAGUUUACUAAAUAAAGGUUUCAACUACUGUUGACUCAAAUUGGUUGAUAAUAUGACUCAAAUUAACGUAACGUUCAUAAUAUAAUAUAAUUAGCAAUAAAUUAAUUAGUUGUUGAGUUAAAUUGGUUUAUAUACAACAAUCAAUAUCAACGGAGUACAUGAACUAAAAUAACAAUGGCUUUACAUCUACUCCUCGUUCUAUCUUCUUAUAUUCUUUUAACGCAAGCGGUCGAAAGAAACAUUGAUUCAUUUUUACAGGAUUUUGAUUGUGUUGAUAUAUACAAACAACCAGCUUUCCAACAUCCAUUGCUGAAACACCAUAAGAUUCAGGAAAUUUUCAGUCUGGAUGCAAAUCUUGAUACAAAAAGUGAAUAUAAAACGAAUUAUCAAAGUUGUCCAAAAGGAACAGUGCCAAUCUUAAAACAAAGAAAUGGAACUAAGAGAGUUCAUCUUGACACAGUCGAGUAUCCGGGCCAACAUUUUGCAACAAUUGAGACUGUAUUGGAUGGGAGCAUCUAUCGAGGUGCAGAAGCAUGGAUAAGUCUUCAUAGCUUAACUGUGCAGAAUAAUCAGUACAGUAAAAGUCAAAUUUGGUUAGAGAAUGGACCCCGUAAUGAACUCAAUAGCAUUCAAGUCGGCUGGGCAGUACAUCCAAGAUUGUAUGGUGACACUCGCACGAGAUUUACAAUGUAUUGGACCGCGGAUGGUUAUAAAAACACUGGAUGCUAUAACAUACAAUGUCCUGGCUUUGUUAUUGUAACUCGAAUUCCUUGGAUUGGAAUAGCAUUUCCUAGAACGUCUAUUUAUGGUAAUGUAUCAGUUACGUUCACACCACAAGUAUUCCAGGAUGGCUUAAGUGGAAAUUGGGGAUUAAAAGUAGUCAAUGAAGUAAUUGGUUAUUGGCCCAAAGAGUUAUUUACACAUUUAAAUAAUGGAGCAUCUUUAGUACGUUUUGGAGGAAAUACAUUUAUGGCUCCUGAUGGAAUAAGUCCUCCAAUGGGAAAUGGGCAUUUUCCAGUUAUCGACUUUCAGAAAAGUUCAUUUUUUCUGCAUGUCAAAGUUAGGAACUCGAACUAUCAAUUACUUGAUAUUGAAGACAGGAAAACAAGAAGUUAUUCAGAUUCAUACCAGUGUUAUAGAUUGUCCUAUUGGGGUUAUGCUAGGUCGAAUGGAGUAUCCUUCUCCUUUGGAGGUCAAGGUGGAAACUGUGGUACUUGA